AUGGAACCUCCAGGUGAGCAGCCAGGAGAGGCUGAGGGGCCGCGCAUCACGCCCCAGCUGCUGAAGGCCCGCACAGGCGAGUUUGCUCUGGAGUCCAUCCUGCUGCUGAAGCUGCGAGACCUGGGGCUGGCCGACCUGGGCUGCCUGGGGGAGUGCCUGGGCAUCGAGUGGCUGGACCUUUCAGGCAACGCACUUACCCAGCUCGGCCCUCUGGCCUCCUUGCGCCAGCUGGCUGUGCUCAAUGUGUCCAACAAUCGCCUGACCGGGCUGGAGCCACUGGCCACCUGCGAAAACCUGCAGAGUCUCAAUGCUGCAGGCAACCUGCUGGCCACUCCUGGCCAGCUGCAGUGUCUGUCUGGGCUCCGGGGCCUGGAGUACCUGCGGCUCCGGGACCCUUUGGCCCGGCUCAGCAAUCCUCUGUGUGCCAGCCCCUCUUACUGGGCUGCGGUCAGGGAGCUGCUGCCCGGCCUGAAGGUCAUCGAUGGGGAGCGCGUGAGUGGGCGUGGCAGUGAGCUCUACCAGCUGUGCCGCGACCUGGAGAGCUCCUUGCGCCCCAGCUCCAGCCCAGGCCCCAGAGCCAUGGAAGCCCAGCCCUGGGUGGAGCCUGGGUACUGGGAGCUGUGGCCCACCCGGAGCAGCUCCAUCCUGGAGGAGGCCUGCCGGCAGUUCCAGGACACACUGCAAGAGUGCUGCGACCUGGACCGCCAGGCCAGUGAGAGCCUGGCCAGGGCCGAGCAGGCACUCAGUCCUGCGGGCACUACUUCUUCCUUUGUUUUCUGAAAGUGCUCCCCGCCAAUAUCACCCCAGGGCAGCCUAGCAGAUGGCCCUCU